AUGUCAACACCACUUAGAGGAUCAUCACCAAAGGUAUCAUUCUAUACACCGGGUGUAGAGGACUUUGAGCAUGAAGGAGAGGAUGGAGAUGGACACCAAUUCACCUAUAGAAAUUUCAUGGAGGAAGAUAAAAGAAUCAACUCUUUCACCUUUAGCCAAGCAAAACAAGAUCAACAACAUACUUUCCAGAGAAUCAUUUUAACAAAUGAAAAUGAAAAGGAUAUUGCAGAGUAUGUAGAUGUUUGCCAAGAGUUGUUGAAAGCAAUCAAUUUGAGAAAUCGUUAUAUCUUUCACCCAAAGAUAUGGAAGGAAGAUGCACCACCCUCGGACAGACCACCCUACAAUCCAUUCACCACUGCGCCAUCACAGCCAUCGGAACAUACUUUCAAGGCGGUAAACGGUGUCUACUAUGUCUAUGCCAACGAACAAGACGAACUCGAAGAUAAGCCACUACAUCAGAUCUACUCAACAUUGAACUCCUACUACAAGGACAUCAAUCGUUUGAUGCAGUUUUGCUCUGAUGGUCCUGCCAAGACAUUCUCAUUCAAACGUCUCCGUUUAUUAGAAUCUAAAUAUAACAUGCAUAUUCUUUUGAAUGAUAGCGCAGAGAUUGCUCAUCAAAAGAGUGCACCACAUAGAGAUUUCUACAACGUAAGAAAGGUAGACACUCACGUUCAUCAUUCUUCAUCAAUGAAUCAAAAGCACUUACUUAAAUUCAUUAAAAGAAAAUUAAAAGAUUCACCAAAUGAAGUUGUCAUUUUCCGUGAUGAUAAGUAUCUUACUCUCUCUGAAGUAUUCAAGAGUUUGAAUUUGAAUGUAGAUGAAUUAAGUGUUGAUACACUUGAUGUUCAUGCUGAUAAUAAUACAUUCCAUAGAUUCGAUAGAUUCAAUUUGAAGUAUAAUCCAUGUGGUCAAUCUAGAUUGAGAGAGAUCUUCUUAAAGACAGACAAUCUCAUUAAGGGUAGAUACUUGGCAGAAUUGACCAAAGAGUUGUUUGAAGAUCUCGAGAAGUCAAAGUACCAGAACGCCGAGUACAGACUCUCCAUCUACGGAAGAAAGAUGAGCGAAUGGGAUAAUCUUGCCGGCUGGAUUUGUGACAACGAGUUGUUCUCCACCAAGGUGAGAUGGCUCAUCCAAAUCCCAAGACUCUACGAGAUCUACCGUGAGACCGACAACAUCUCGACAUUCCAGGUGUUCCUCUCCAACAUAUUCCAACCGUUGUUCGAAGCCACCAGAGACCCCGAGUCACAUCCCAAGCUUCACAAGUUCCUCCAACAGGUCGUCGGUAUCGAUUGUGUCGAUGACGAAUCAAAGUUUGAAAAGAAAUUCACCGAGAAGUUCCCAGUGCCACAAGAAUGGACAUCCGAGCACAACCCACCCUACACCUACUAUCUCUAUUAUCUCUACGCCAAUCUUUACACAUUAAACAAGUUUAGAGAAGAAAAAGGAUUAAAUAUUUUAGCAUUGAGACCACAUUCCGGUGAAGCUGGAGAAGUCGAUCAUAUGGCUGCUGCUUUUUAUUUGGCACAUGGUAUCAAUCAUGGUAUUAACUUGAGAAAGACACCUGUAUUACAAUAUUUAUACUAUUUAACACAGAUUGGUAUUGCAAUGUCACCAUUGAGUAAUAAUUCAUUGUUCUUGACAUACUAUAGAAAUCCAUUCCCAGUGUUCUUUGCAAGAGGUCUCAAUGUCAGUAUUUCUACGGACGAUCCAUUGCAAUUCCAUUACACCAAGGAGCCACUCAUGGAAGAGUACAGUAUUGCUACACAAGUAUGGCAUUUGAGUCCAUGUGAUAUCUGUGAGAUUGCAAGAAACAGUGUCUUACAAAGUGGUUUCGAACAUAAUGUUAAAUCUCAUUGGUUGGGUCAAGAAUAUCUAAAUCAAAACAAAAACGAUAUUAAAAAGACAAAUAUACCAGACAUAAGAGUAUGCUUCAGAAAUGAAACACUCACUGAAGAAUUACAUUUACUUUAUAAAUCAUUGCAAUUGUCACCCAAAUUUAAGGAAUUGGAUAUUACAUUCUUAAAUUCAAAACUACCAGUGGAAAUAACCUCACCACAAAAACCCAAACCAGUCCAAACAAGAAAAAAAAUCGUUGUUCCAGUCCAACCUCCCCCAUUAUCUUUGAAUGUAUCUGCUGUUGACCAAAAACCAUCACAACAUUAA